GAACUGAAGAUCCCUGCCCGGAGUGGCUGAUCUAGCAGUCAAAGUGGUAAGCUGAGUACUUGAAAGAGGAUUAUGCUCGCACUAGAAAUAAGCAGUGAGUGAAUACCGUGCUGGUUUAGAAAAGGAUUGCUCCCCCUGGGGUAAUGGGGCAAACUAGGAAAUAUUGCUUAAUUAUGGGGUAAAACUGUAAGACUUCUGGCUCUGUGUACUGUUGUGAUGUGGAAACUAGGGACUUAAGUACAAAAUCAGAGCUCUAAAUGUCUCUCCCACUCUUGGAAAAUCCCAACUUUUACUCGCAGUAGUAGGGGACAUAAUUUCCUUCCCCGACCUAGCCUCUUCCUCCGAAAAUGUACUAAGGAAUUGGCAUUCAAUUGGAGAAGUGGAAUUUGGUAUCGGCAGAAGCUGAAAUCUCGAAUUGUGAAUGCUGACAUUGUUCUAUUAGCAGUGAUUGCCAAGAAAGCCAGGGUGGGGGUGGUUAGAAAGGGAGAAAAUCAAGAGCUUUUAUGACAAGGAGGCUGAGUAGUUCAUAUGCAUGGGAUGAGCUACAAAAAUUUAUACAAUUAAUAAUAAAUUUUUUAAAAAAAAAACAUUAAACUGGAAGAGUAGUCAGGGAGCACAGAAGUGCUUAGAUAAAAAUUAUUAGGAAAAGAAGAAACUUUAGUUUCAAUGAUUUUGUGUGCUAGCCAAAAAUUUCACAAUGUUUACAAAGUCAAGGCGGUGAUGCAGGGAAGCUUCAAUUAUUGUACAUCAUAAAUACUGUUACCGGGCAAGAGCUGUGGUUCCCUGGUCAGCAAGUCCUGGCAAUGAAGUCACUGCCGCUGGUGCAGAGAAUUCUGGGAUGUCUGACAGUGAAAUGGAUGGAAGGACCCACAUUCCAUCUCUACUCACUGUCCUUUUGUCCAGAAACCGGGUCAUGCAAAUGAGCUACUUGAAAAGUAAAGAAAAAGGAUAUGGAAAACUAAGCAGUGAUGAAGACCUCGAAAUAAUUGUUGAUCAAAAGGAGGGAAAAGGCUCUAGGGCGGCAGAUAAGGCUGUUGCCAUGGUGAUGAAGGAGAUACCGAGGGAAGAGUCUGCUGAAGAAAAGCCCCUCCUUACUAUGACAUCACAGCUGGUGAAUGAGCAGCAGGAAAGCAGGCCUCUCCUAAGCCCCUCCAUUGAUGACUUCCUCUGUGAGACCAAGUCGGAGGCCACAGCAAGGCCAGUAACGUCUAACAUAGCCGUAUUGACCACAGGCUUGGAUCUCCUGGACCUGAGUGAACCAGUCUCUCAAACUCAAACCAAAGCCAAGAAGUCAGAGGCCUCAUCGAAAACCUCAUCCCUCAAGAAAAAGGCUGAUGGAUCCGACCUCAUCAGUUCAGAUGCUGAGCAGAAAGGCCAGCCACUCAGAGUUCCCGAGACUUCGUCCUUAGAUUUAGACAUUCACACACAACUGGAAAAAUGGGAUGAUGUUAAAUUUCAUGGAGACCAAACUAGCAAGGGGCUUCCAAUGGCAGAGAGAAAGUCGUGCUCAUCUAGAAGUGGAUCAAAAGAACUCCUGUGGUCCUCAGAGCACAGAUCUCAGCCAGAACUGAGUGGUGGGAAAAGCGCCCUCAACUCAGAGUCAGCUUCGGAGCUGGAAUUAGUGGCUCCGACACAGGCCCGACUGACCAAAGAACAGCGCUGGGGAAGUUCACUACUUUCCAGAAACCACUCCUUAGAAGAGGAAUUUGAAAGGGCAAAAGCAGCAGUGGAGUCAGAUACAGAGUUUUGGGAUAAGAUGCAAGCAGAAUGGGAAGAAAUGGCUCGAAGGAACUGGAUAUCUGAGAACCUAGAAGCCCAGAACCAAGUUACAAUCUCAGCUAGCGAGAAGGGAUAUUACUUUCACACUGAAAACCCCUUCAAGGACUGGCCUGGAGCAUUUGAAGAAGGCUUAAAAAGGCUGAAGGAAGGUGACCUGCCAGUCACCAUCCUGUUCAUGGAGGCAGCGAUUCUUCAGGACCCUGGAGAUGCAGAGGCUUGGCAGUUCCUUGGGAUAACCCAGGCUGAGAAUGAAAAUGAGCAAGCGGCUAUUGUCGCCCUGCAGAGGUGCUUAGAAUUACAGCCCAACAACUUGAAAGCUUCGAUGGCUUUGGCCGUAAGUUACACCAACACGGGCCAUCAGCAGGAUGCCUGUGAAGCUCUCAAGAACUGGAUUAAGCAAAAUCCAAAGUACAAAUACCUUGUGAAGAGCAAGAAGGGAUCUCCAGGCCUCACCCGGCAGAUGUCUAAGUCCCCAGUUGAUAGCUCUGUUCUGGAAGGAGUGAAGGAAUUAUACCUGGAAGCUGCCCACCAAAAUGGAGAUCUAAUUGACCCAGACCUACAGACAGGUCUGGGGGUACUGUUCCACCUGAGCGGAGAAUUUAACAGAGCAAUAGAUGCAUUUAACGCUGCCUUAACUGUUCGGCCAGAGGACUAUUCAUUAUGGAACCGUCUGGGGGCAACCUUGGCGAAUGGAGACCGUAGUGAGGAGGCGGUGGAGGCAUACACUCGGGCCCUGGAGCUUCAGCCAGGCUUCAUUCGGUCCAGAUACAACUUGGGAAUAAGCUGCAUCAAUCUGGGUGCCUACAGAGAAGCGGUCAGCAAUUUUCUCACUGCCCUCAGUUUGCAAAGGAAGAGCAGAAAUCAACAGCAAGUUCCUCAUCCUGCAAUUUCUGGGAACAUCUGGGCUGCUCUCAGAAUUGCACUGUCUCUGAUGGACCAGCCAGAGCUCUUUCAGGCAGCUAAUCUUGGUGACCUGGAUGUCCUCCUAAGAGCUUUUAACUUGGAGCCUUGA